CUCCACGUUACUGUAGCUCUUUAUGACCUUCCUCUAUCUUUUCCUUCUUCCUCUAUCUGGUUAUGGAGGUCUGCUUGAAAGGCAUUUAAAAGCAGCUGCGCUCAAACUCACGAGAAACCUGAAGUUUCAAAUCUAAAAAAAACCCCCUCCGUUUUAAACACACAGUUAAAGAUGCCGGUGGCUGUAGGUCCAUAUGGCCAGACCCAGCCAAGUUGCUUUGAUCGGGUCAAAAUGGGCUUCAUGAUGGGUUUUGCAGUAGGAAUGGCUGCUGGUGCCAUGUUUGGUACUUUCUCCUGUCUCAGGAUCGGCAUGCGUGGCCGGGAGCUCAUGGGAGGAGUAGGAAAGACCAUGAUGCAGAGUGGAGGGACGUUCGGCACUUUUAUGGCCAUUGGUAUGGGUAUUCGCUGCUGAAGACAAGAGGAAAGACCUAUAUACAAAUAUUCAACAAUGGGACUCUUCAACUAUUUCCAGUCACAGCUUUCUGUCCAUUCAGUGCUGCCAUGUUCUCAGCCAACAGUCUAGUUUUGUCAAUAAAAGUUCAAAUUCGUGAAAUGGUU